AUGGCGCGCCCGGGAAUUCGGCGCGCGGCCAGCGGGGUCUCCUCGGCGGCAGCCUCGUUGCUGGGCGCAGGCGCAGGAGGCUUGGAGGAGCUCAACGCGCAGCUUUCGGACGACGCUGUGGGCUGGGCGUUGCUGCGCUGGGAGGUAGGGUCCGGCACCUUUGUGCGCUCCAAGCUCGUAGCGAUCCACUUCAACGGGGAGGACGUGCCCGUGGUGCGCCGGGGCCGCCUCAACGCGCGCUCCGGCGAGGUCAUGGCCAUGCUCGGAGAGGCCCACGCAACGCUGGAAGUGAAGCGCAAGGAGGAUCUUCACCUGGACUUUGUGUGCGAGCGUUUGAUGAACGUCCUCACUUCCGACGCCAUGGAGAAGUCCAUGUCCGCCGAGGCCUUGCGGAAAGACUACGAGGCAAAGAUCGAGACGCAGAAGCGUAAGGUCACGAACAAAGAAAAGAGUUUCCGUGGCCCGCGGACUGCCAAGGACAAUCCAUCGAAGCAGAUCAGUGUGGACCGUGCGCUGCAAGCUGUGGGGGAUGCCACAGGGCCCUACAACUGGGCGCUGCUGGAGCCAGAGAAGCUCGAACUCCACAACGCGGGCUACGGGGGCCUCCUGGAGAUGAAGGAGUGGCUUUCUGAGGACCUGGUCCUCUUCGGAGUCAUGCGCUUCACCUUCGGCCGGGACACGGUGAGUUCCAUGGAGGGCAUGGCUGCCACCCCGAAGCUUGUGAAGUGCCCCAAUCGCUUCGGGGGAUCUCGUCACAGGGAUCCGAAUGGCAAGGCAGCCUUCCGCUGA